CACUGUAUUUAAGGGAAGAGACCAGCAAAGCCUCCAGUGACAGCGAUAAUUCCUGGGGCUCAGAGAUACAAGGAGUGGAAACAAAAGUCAGGAAUCCUUUGAGACUUUUAAGGACUCUCACAAUGCUGCCAGCAACAUUCAAGCUUUGUGCCGGCAUUUCCUACAGACAUUUGCACAACAUGACAGGUUUGAAGAGACAAGCAGCUGUUGCCAUUGUCCAGGAGCUGAAGAAAGUAGCAUUUUCCAGGCCUGGUCCUACCCAGUGGAUCAACAACUUACACAGAAGGAGUUCUCUACUAGGUUCUAGGCUGGAAGAGAACCCUUUCAGUGAUAUGGAGAUGUCAUACAUCAAGCAAGGAGAGGAAGCUCUUCAGAAGUCUCUGAAUAUUCUUGGAGAAAAAAACGGCUGGAAAACAGAGGCAGUGAUGGACAAUGGUGACAAGGUCUUGAGCAAAGUGCUGCCUGAUGUGGGGAAGGUUUUCCAGCUUGAGGUGGUGGUUGAUCAACCCCUGGAUUGUGUCUAUGAUGAGUUAGUGGACAAGAUGGAGCAGAUGGGAGAUUGGAAUCCAAAUAUUAAAGAAAUCAAGAUUCUCCAGAAGAUUGGCAAAGAUAUCGUAAUCACUCAUGAAACCUCUGCAGCAACCCCUGGCAACAUAGUUGGUCCAAGAGACUUCGUCAGCGUCCGUUGUUCCAGGAGGCGUGGUUCUACAUGCCUGUUAGCUGGCAUGUCAACCACCUACGCGGCCAUGCCAGAACAAAAAGGAGUUAUCAGAGCUGAGAACGGUCCCACAUGCAUGGUUCUUCGUCCAGUCCUAGGAGAUCCCUCACAAACCAAGUUAACAUGGCUUCUCAGCAUUGAUUUAAAGGGAUGGCUUCCGAAGACACUAAUCAACCAAGUUCUUUCGCAAACCCAAAUGGAUUUUGCUAACCAUCUCCGCAAUCGUUUGACCAAAUCUGUAUCUGCGCAGGCCAUCAGAUACUGAAAAGAAAGUUCCCCACCUGGCAAUUCUUCCUGGACAAUUCUCUCACUCCAUCCCACUCAUGGAUCACUUACUGAAGACUCUAUUCCCAGAGAAUUGAUGCUUAUCACUCUUGAAAUUAACUCCUCUGUCCUGUUAAGAUGCAGACUUCUUCUUUGCUUUUUUGUUGCAUCCUUAUGUUUAACAGCCUUCCCUUAGAAAGAUGUGCACAAAGGUUGGGUUCAGGACUCUGGCAGAGUAAGAUAUCUGCCUCAGUUGGCAGGUACUGAAGGUGAUACCAAGUGGUAUCAAUGGUGAUAUCAACCAUGCAGUUUGCUGGGACCCCCAAGGUUAGCCUAUUGCUUGCACGGGCAAGAUGUUGCAUCUUAUUUCUGAUCAACUUCGAAACACUGAAACGGGUAAGGCAGGAUGAACUAUAUUGAGAAGCAGGUGAUCUCCCUCUUUGCAUGUUACAUUCACAGUAAGCCUAUGUAAUAGGCUAGAAUAGGACAUCACUGGGACCCAUGGUCAACCAGAGAGGUUCAAGACUAAAAGAGGAAGGAACCAACAUCUUUGAUGAACAGAUUACUGUUCCACCUGGACAAUACUGCACUGGCUCUCUGUACCUGGUUUACUAUUCAGUGUGCCUGGAGUGGUUAACCUAUCUUGGAUACUUACCUAUAACAUGAUGCCAGGUUCUGUCUGUAACCUCUUCAUUUCAAGCAACUGACAGGAACCAGGAGAUGAGAGGAGCUUUGCAGAAGGAUUUGGAGAAUUAUGCCUACAGUGCUUGGUAGACAGAUAGUCUGACCUGUAGUUAAGGCUGCUCUGAAUGCUCUAAAAUACUUUUACAGGAAAAAGUGUCAUGUCCAGAGUGAUACCUUAGUUAAAAGAUGCUGGCUGUCACCUCCUCUCACAAUCAGUUGAUUCAUCAUCCCACCUGGCAGCAGAUGAUCAGCUGGGGUUGUAUUACAGCAGCCAUUUUUACAGUCCUCCUAGGUGCUAGAGGAAGCUGUCAUUUCCUUCCCCAUCAUUUACAACCUCUUUUCCAAACCAGGAUUGUCACUACCAAUAGUGACAAGAUUGGUAGUGACAGAGGGGUGCCCUACCUGCCUGUUUUUGCUGUUCUUUACUACCAUGGUGUGGCUCCUAAAUCUUGGGAAAGGUAAGGAUUAAUUCCAGGGCCAUUAGUUCCUAUGAUACAUCUAAGUGGAGUUAAUUGAAUUCUGCAAUAUUGACUUUGUUUAGAGCUAAAUUUAAAUCUAACUCCAUUAGUUGACCUGGUCAACUAACUUCCUUUUUACGUUUCCACAAAACACUAAGCCUCCAUGGAUCCAGUUUAAGUGUGCCAUGGAAACACAAACUAUGCAUAGUAUUAGAUUAUGCCCAAUGCCUAAUUAUUCCUGGAAACUAGACCUGCCUCAUCCCUUCCACCUUAUUAUUGUUUCUGCCUCAUUUGUUUGCUUCCCCUAGCAGGCCUAAGAAACCAAUCAAGAUGUGUGGCAAUUAUUGUCUUCCACCUCUCUGUUUUCUUCUUUGGAGAAGAUAGAUAAAAUGGGAAAUUCCAAAGAUUAGCAUGAAGACAAUCCAUCCACCCUUGGCAAGUAGAUCAAGGUUUUUCAAACUUGGCAACUUUAAGAUGGGUGGACUUCACCACAGAAUUCCACAGCCAGCAUGGAGUUGAAGGCCACGCAUCUCAAAGUUGCCAAGUUUGAAAAGGACUGAGAUAGAUGCACAGUGUAGCCAACCCUCGAGGCCAGUUGUAUCCUAGGUUUUUCAAACGUGCUACCUAAUUAUAUCUGAACCUUAGCCUAAGGGAAAGGGUAAAAAGCUACUUUUUCAGAUCAACCAAAACUGGUAGAUAGUCCCUGCCUGAUAACACAGUCACUAAACACCAGAGUUGAUGGUAGCUUACAUUUUAGAAGCCAAAUAACAGUUCGGGAUCAUACCCUCCAAAAUUCCACAUAUGAAAACAGUCAGAUUCAAGGAUUUACAAACCUGCUGCUUACUUGGUAAGGAUCUCUGCUUAUUCUGUCCUCAUUAUAUAUUGCAGAAGCUUUUCCUCUGCCUGAAAGAGUUUGAAAAAAGUCUGUUCUGCACUAUUUUAAUAGCAAAGAGGAUUUUGGUUUGUCUUUU